AUUUCAGUAGAAACAUGGCCAGAAGAGCACCAAGUAGCAGGACGCCGAUAGAUGAAGCGACUACUACCAAUAGCCAUGUAUCUCCAAUCCCACUCCAUGCUUCGAUGUCUAAAAUAAAAACACACAGGAUAGUAUUGAACGUGGAAUCCGCAAGACAACGCACAUCCCCAUAUUGCUCGUCGUACUACGGACUUUCUUCAAGAAGCAGGCGUUAAUGUUUUGCCGUGGCCACCGAGUUCACCGGAUUUAAAUCUCAUCGAAAAUGUGUGGGAAGUGAUAUGGAAGCGACUAUCCACUUUGCACCAUCCGCCACAGACUCUGCCACAGUUAAUCCACGAAGUUCGACUUGUUUUGAAUGAAGUGCCACAACCAGACAUCAAUCAUCUCGAUGCCUAGACAUAUGCAGGAGUGUAUUCAGCUGCCGGGUCGCCCAACA